AGUUCAUCAUCGACCGACCUGGCGCUGUCACGAGUAACAACAAAAAGCACGAUUGUACAACAACGUUUACCAAAAACAGUCUUACCAUGGCCGGAAUUAUCCGUUCUACGAUUGCUGGAAGAAAUACGGUGGUCCUUUUGGCGAACAGAUCUGUGGACCUUACAUGCUUCCGGUGUGCCAGCUCGAAUCGUGUAAAGCGCAUCAAAAAACCAGAAAUUACCAAUCGUGAUGCGAAUCAGACGAAAGCGGCAGCGAUGCGUGCGGAGUUAGAGGAACAGAGUGCGCUAUACGCAGGGAAACGAUUCGAAUCCGUCGCACAAUCGCUUUCCGCCCGAGGAUAUCUACGAGCAAUCAAACCGUACACGCCACCCGAAAACGUCAGCGAGCAGGUGCUAACCAUUGCCAAAGAAAAUAAGCUGAAUGACCGCAAGCAACCGCUCGGUAGGAUGGAACAGAAGUUUGCUUUCCUGUCCGCGUGUGGCAAAGCGUUCGGACAUUGGGUGCCUAAUUCGAUGCUGCACGAACUGCAAACCGUUGACGAUGCAGUUGUAUUUUAUCAAACACCGAUCGACACGCGACUUCCGCUCGAUGCGCUCAGUUCCGUGGAGCUGCCGGAAAAUUUGUACAUUCAGCAAGAGUACAUACGCUUCCAUCCGGAAACGGACACGAUGUUCGGUGGAAAGUCGGCCUUCCCCAAGAGCUCCACGGUUGUGACCGGGUUAAAGUACAAACAGAAGUAUCGUGGCCAUGAGGCAAAGAAAUCUUGGCCGUAGGCCGUAGAAAAACAAUAAAAAUGCCGGUCGAUUGUGUUGCAUGUACUGUAGGCUUUAGCACGCAUAAUAGCACGUUAAAAUAAACCAGCCCCAGAUUUGAAGGAAA